AAAAUGGGUAAACUCAUAUGAAAUAAAAGAUCUUUUCGAGCACUCUCUUUAUAUAACUCUUGUGAAAUAAUUACUCCUUUGGAUAGUCUGACUCAUCCUUGUAUAGACAAUCAGAUAGACUUCAAUAAGAUUAAGAGAGAAUAUGACAACUAUUCUCACCAAACACUCUAUAAACCUGCUCACUUGAUUAGCAACUCCAGGCCGAUCCUUAACAUAAGAAUAGAAGAUAGCAGUAGAAAGACAAGUGAAGAAGAAGCCCUUAACAUGGAAAAUUGUACUGAGAUAUUCGGUAAUUUGGCUAAUAAACGGCCAGAUUUGAAACUAAAACCGCGUGUCGUAAUUUUUCAUCAUAACUGAAAUAGAAGAGUAAACACUUGAAGUUUAAACCAAGAUCUAGUAGGGACCAUGGUUACCAUAAAUUUAGAGUCGUUUCAGAUAUUUAACCCUCUGAUCAGAAGUUCUCAUAAAUCAGAUUCUUCUUCUAAGUCUCCAUAUUCUCAAAAAUCACUGGCUAAAAAUUCCAAUGAGAUGAGUUCGGUCUUCAAAAAUUUGAAAAAGUGCCAACCUGCAAACUUUGCUAAAAGUUGUUACAAUGGAAGAGGGCUCUGGAUGUCCCCUCCUGGUAGGAAGCAUCAACAUUCAGUAGACUCCUCAAUAGGAGUCAGGAAGAGUAAAGAUUUGAUUAAUAUCAACACCAUGCAUAUAAAAUCAAAUGAGAUUUUAGACAAAAGCUGUAAACCCUUAAGAAUUCCUUCAAUAGCAUCAAUUAAGCCAAGCCGAAAGAUUUCUAAGGUUAUUCCAGAAGAGGAGAAAGUCUCUAAGGGUGAGAUUGCAGAGAGGCUUAAGAAAGGGAUCAGAGAAUAUCGAGAAAAAGCGAGAAAUUUUAAAUCUACUAGCCUUACACAAGAAUCUGGUAAUUAAAAUCGUUUUGAUGCGCAACACUUGUCACAAAAUUUCAGAUAAUCCCUUGCAUAGCUAUUUUGUAAAAUAAUUUUGUUUCAUGUUUUAG